CCCUAUUCAGCACCACUCUCGGCACAAUGACAGGCCAUCGAAAAAACAAAAUCCUGAUCGUUGCAUAUCCAAAUCAAAGCCAUAUUAACCCAACCAUCCGUUUCGCCAACCGUCUCGUUAAGUUGGGUGUUGAUGUCACCAUUUCCACUAGCUUCUCUGUCGUACGACACAUUAACAAGCAAACCACCCAUCACGGCCUAACCUUUGCCUCAUUUUCCGAUGGCCAUGAUAACGGUCAACAACCAACUACCACUUUGCAACAAUUCAUCUCGGAUUUUGCUACUAAAGGGGCUUGUGCGGUCGCAAAAAUCAUUAGCUCCGCGGUGGCAGCAGGCCAUCCGUUUGACCACUUGGUGUACACCACUGUCUUACCGUGGGCAGCAAAGGUGGCUAAUGCCCACGGUUUAGAAUCAUCUCUCCUUUGGUGCCAACCAGCCACUGUCUUAGAUAUUUAUUAUUACUAUUUCAAUGGCAAUCAAGAAUUGAUAUCUUGUAGCCAUUACAACCCAACGCUUCCUAUCAAUUUACCCGGACUUCCAUCAUUAACCACUGCUGAUCUACCAUCCUUCUUGUUGUCGUCCUGCCCUAAGGAACACGAAUUUAUUCAACAAAAUUUGAAAGACCAUAUUGAUGUACUUAAAAUAUCUCCAAGAAUACUUGUGAACACUUUUGAUGACCUUGAAAUCGAGCCCAUUAGAGCAAUAAAAAAACUUGUGAUGAUUCCGAUUGGACCCCUUGUUCCAUCAGAAUUCUUAGAAGGAAAUGGUCCGUCAUACAAUUCACUCAGUUGUGAUUUAUUUGAAAAACCAAAGGAAGAUUACAUCAAAUGGCUAAACACAAAGCCAAAAUCAUCUGUCGUGUAUGUUUCGUUUGGAAGCACGACGAACUUAUCGAUCAAACAGGCAGAGGAGAUGGCAUCUGGUUUGUUUGAAAGUGGUCGGCCAUUUAUGUGGGUGAUCAGAGAGGGUAUACAAGCGAUGAAUUUGAGUAAGAUAGAGGUACUUAAAAGACAGGGGAUGAUAGUGAGUUGGUGCUCUCAAGUAGAGGUAUUGAACCACCAAGCAAUUGGGUGUUUCUUGACACAUUGUGGGUGGAAUUCGACGGUGGAGGCGUUGGCGGCCGGUGUUCCCACUGUUGCAUUUUCACAGUGGUCAGACCAGGCGACCAACGCGAAGAUGAUUGAAGAUGUUUGGAAAACAGGUGUUAAGGUGAAAAGAAGGCAGGGAGAUGGAAUGGUGGAAAGGAAGGAGAUUAAAAGGUGUGUGGAAAUGGUGAUGGAAGAUGAAGAAAUUAGGAGAAAUGCUAGGAAAUGGAAGGAGUUGGCAAGAAAAGCUUUCAGUAAUGGUGGAUCAUCUACAAUUAACCUCCAAGCUUUUUUGGAUGAUGCAUGACAUGACAUAUCAAUCAUGAGAACACCAUGUUCCAUUGCAUGUAUCUAUAGUUCAUCAUAAUUAUAAAACUAUCCAUCAAUACUUAAUAAAUACAUGAUUUUGGCUUAUAGAUUAA